AAAUAAUUUACUGUCUAUCUGUUUUUCUAACAAACUAAAAAUGAAAAAUAAGAAAAUUUGAUCGUUUAUGAAAAAAUUUAGUAUGGUUUCUACAACAACAAAAACAAUGAAAAUGGUUUUAUGAUGGAGAUCCGACAACAAAUUUUAAGGAUUUUAAGUAUAAUGGAGGUGCCAACGACAAAAUACUUUCUAAGAAACUGCCUAAUUUUAAGCAUUUUAAGCACAAUUGUGAUAGCCCAAGUAGCCCAAAGAUUAUCAUCUCCAAAUCCUUGUAUGUCGAAUGGAAAAUGUCAUGAAUGCAUUCAGACGCCAGGAUGCGCAUGGUGUUACGAUCCGAAUUUCGGUGACGGCCCUCGCUGCUUCCAACCAUCCCUCGAAUAUCAGCAACAAAAAAAAUGUCCCGAAGAAUUCGUCAACAACCCCGACAACAUACUAAGCGUCCUCAAAAACUUGGAAUUGACGAAAGCCCGUAAAGGAGCAAUCGGGGGCGGCGGUACCCUAGUGAGCGGGUUCGAAGGCAGCUACAAUGCGUCAGAAAGUUGGUCCGCCGGCGGAUCGGAAACAGUAUUCGGAGGAGGUGGCGGUGCGGGUGCUGGUGCUGGACAAAUCGUGCAACUUCAACCGCAAAGACUGAAAUUACAGUUAAGAGCAAGACAAUCGUACAGCAUAUAUAUGAAAUACACCCAAGCCGAAGACUAUCCUGUAGAUCUGUACUACCUUAUGGAUCUCAGUAAAUCUAUGUACGACGACAAAGAAAAAUUAUCAUAUUUGGGAGACAAGCUGGCUACUACCAUGAAAAAAUUAACCUCAAAUUUCAGGCUCGGUUUUGGCAGUUUUGUUGACAAAGUCGUUAUGCCUUACGUCAGUACCCUGCCAGAGAAUUUAAGACACCCCUGCGAAGGUUGUGCAGCCCCUUACGGCUACAAGCACGCUAUGAGGCUAUCGACGAAUACACAACAAUUUUCACAAAUGGUAAAACAAGCCAACGUUUCUGGUAAUUUGGACGCACCUGAAGGUGGCUUCGACGCUAUAAUGCAAGCUAUAGUAUGCCGUCAUCAGAUCGGUUGGAGAGAGCAAGCUAGAAGGCUGUUGGUAUUUUCGACUGAUGCCAGUUUCCAUUAUGCUGGAGAUGGAAAGCUCGGAGGUAUAGUGAAACCCAACGACGGUAUAUGUCACUUGUCAGAGGACGGUUUCUACACAGAAUCUUCAUAUCAAGACUAUCCGUCUAUCGAGCAAAUCAAUUUGAACGUUAAGAAAAACUCGAUUAACGUUAUUUUUGCCGUAACGAAAUCGACAAUCGAAAUAUACGAACAGCUAGCCAAAACCAUAGAGGGCGCUUCGGUCGGUAAACUAGAAGGAGACAGUUCGAAUAUCGUAACUUUGAUCAAAGAACAAUACGAACAAAUUUCUUCAACUGUCCAUAUGAAACAUAACGCUUCUAGCGCCGUUAGCAUAAAAUUUUUCACUAGAUGUUUGAAUGAUUCUGGAGCUUUGGUUAAUACUGAUAAGUGCGGUAAUAUUAAGGUCGGGGAUGUCGUUACUUUCAAAAUCGAUCUGGAGGUAUUAAAGUGUCCCAAAAACCGCGCAGAUCAUUUCCAGACGAUCCAUAUUCAUCCUAUUGGUAUCAACGAAACUUUGAUUAUAGAUUUGGAAAUGCUGUGUGAAUGUGACUGUGAAAAACCUGGUGAUAAGUACUAUAAGGAAUACGCAGCGGCCUGUUCGAACAUGGGUAUUUACAAAUGCGGCAUCUGCGAGUGUUACCCUGGUGCCUACGGUCCACAUUGUGAAUGCCUACCUGACGAUUUAACUGCAAAUGCGACCACAACCGAUUGCAUUCAACGAAAUUUGCCCAAUGCAGUGGAAUGCUCCGGCAGAGGACAGUGCGUGUGCAAAAAGUGUAUUUGCGAAACUCGAGCCAGCGAAAAUGAGAGAAUAUACGGACGAUUCUGCGAAUGCGACAACUUCUCGUGCGACCGACACGACGGCAAAUUGUGCAGCGGUCCGGAUCACGGUACAUGCGACUGCGGAACGUGUCAUUGCAAGGAAGAAUGGGAAGGACCGAAUUGUGGUUGCAUCAAAUCGAAAGCCACCUGUUAUGCUCCCGGUGUCGUGGACGGCAAGAUUUGUUCGGGCCACGGUACCUGCCAAUGCGGCGUCUGCAAAUGCGAAACCACGCCCGAUGGACCUUAUUCCGGAAAGUUUUGCGAAAGGUGUCCGACUUGCUCAGACAGAUGUAUUGAAUUCAGAGAUUGCGUUCAGUGCCAACAAUACCAUACUGGACCUCUUAAGAACCCAGAAGACUGCGCUAAAAAUUGUACCGCUUUUACACCAUCUUCUGCCGACGAAAUCACAGUAAAUGAAGCAAAUAACGAAAUCCUUUGUGCGUACUAUGACGAAGACGAAUGCAGAUUUACCUACGUCUACUUUUUUGACAAUGAAAAUAAAAUUCAAGUGAGAGCCCAAAAGGAAAGAGAGUGUCCCGAAAAAGUUUACGUACCUGGAAUAGUAUUGGGUGUAAUAGCAGCCAUUGUUCUUAUUGGUAUGGCGGUACUGCUGUUAUGGAAAUUGUUAACGACCAUACACGAUCGACGAGAAUUUGCCAGAUUUGAAAAGGAGAAGAUGAUGGCGAAAUGGGACACAGGAGAAAAUCCUAUCUACAAGCAGGCUACGUCAACGUUUAAAAAUCCCACAUACGCCGGCAAAGGCUAAAUAUCAAACCCUUUUUUUAGAUUUUUUCAAUUAAACUGCCAGUUACACGAAAACAUCCAGUGGAUUGAUACUGUCCUAAAAAAAGGCGAAAUUUUCUAAUUCUUCUAACCACAGUACGAAAAUAACUUUUCUUAAAUAACAACUAUAACUAUAAAAGAAACAGAAAUUAAUGGUAUCAAUCUGAGUAAUUUCGGAUAUUUUAGAUGAUUUUUUGAAACUGUUACGUUUAGACCGGUUUCAGUUCUUAAAAAAAUAAUAUUUCUAUUGAUGCAGCUAAUUGUAGUGAUGGCUUCUAAUAAUUGUCAGCUAUCGCUGGGACCUCUCCGAUCUAUGUCAUCUUUGAACUCUUUGUGUUAAUAUUUUUGACUGUCAAAUGUAAUUUGUCAUUUGAGUGCCAACAAUUAAUAUUAGCGAUUUUAUGAACAUGUAAUAGUGGAGAGUGCCGAAAUCAAUAAAUAGUUUGAAAUGGAACAAGUCUAAAAGUAGCAGCUCACAUUUGUCUAAUUCUCGAAUGCACUCUUAUCUAAUUUAUCCACUCGUCUAUCCUAUAGGUGUCCAGUGCCAUAUUUAUUGUGAAGAUAGCUAACUUAUUUAGUUACUUUGCUAUUUAAAUGUAUAGUAGGCUCUUCUAUUUUCUAAACUUAAAUUUUAAGGUUAAAUGUCGAAAUUUCGUAUUUUGUUGACGAAUCCUUGAUAUGUUUGAAAUAAUCUGAAAUAACGCUUAUUAUUUAAUGUUAAAAAACAGAGGAGUCAUAAUAAUUGAUCCAUCUAAUUGUCUUGCUUGCAAUAUACUGGGUGUUCCACAUUUACAGAAUUAUUUACGAAAAAAUGAUCAACUAAGCGUCGACAUUUUGAAAACAAAUAAUUUUAUUUUAUAUUGCACUUUGUUUUAUCAUCAUUACCCAUUGACUUUGUGAUAUACUCCAUAAACAUAAUGUUUGGUUCGUAGUCCAUUAAGACCAAAUUGAAAUGCUUAUAUAAGAUGUUCUUGAUUCAUUUGAUUUUGAUGUUUUCAAUAUCUAUAAAAAUAUUGAACAUAAGCAGUCCUUCGAUACUACCAUGUGGAGCGCCUGAAGAAACUACAUAUUCAAAUUAGGUUUUUUGGUUGGUAAAUUGAUGUAAUCAACAUUAUUAAUGUGCCAAAACAGGUAAGAGAUGUUGGAAUUGAAAUAAAAAUCUAAUAGAGAGGUGACUAUUUAUUUGAUUUUUCCCAUUUAAAAUUCCAUUAAGUGUAUGGAAGACAUUUGGCAAUAUUACAAGUUAAUUUUACUACUGGUUAAGAGUACCUAUUUUAUUUUAUUUCAAUCUAUAAUAGUUAACGACCAGUGUUUAACCAGUAAGCAAACUAAGCCAGUAAUUUGAUGUAUUAGGUUUUAAUUUGUAUAACUAUUUUAUUAGACCAAAUGAAUAUGGAACACCCGGUAUAUAUAUACAUGCUAUUUUAAAGUGUGCCACAAUAGAGAAAAAGUGAUAAUAGCUAGGCCAUAGUAAACACUUUCGCUACCACAUCUAUUCGUCUUAUUUUUCAUCAGGUACUUUAUGGAAUAGACAGGACAGAAGACCAAAAGAUUAUAUUAAAAAUACGAUUGAAUAUAGCACAUUUGAAUCUUGAAAAACAGGAUGUCGAUAAAAAUGGAGACGUUUAAACGCAAAUCUUGUGAUAUUAGAACGAAUGUAUAUUGUGCUUGUGUUUCGAAAAUGCAUUAACCUGGCAGCGAAAGUGUUAAAUGUUUGAUAGUGUACCUACUUGUUUUUGAAUUAGUUCAAAAAUAAUUUAUAUUUUAAUCUAUCCUAUUGUGGCAAUAUAAUUUUUGUCAAGAAUAUUUGUUUUUUGGAGAAGAAAAUCGAGGUAUAUUCUAUUGAUAUUUGUUGAUAUACUUUUAACGAGUGUUUUCAAUUAUCAGAUGGAAAGUUAUCUCUAUUAUUUAACAAUCAUUGUACAUCUGCAUAUUAAAUUUUGUAUAUUUAAUGCGCUUAUUAUGAAUGGACAUAUCUUUCUGUCAGUUAAAACCUUUAAUUUCAAAUUACUGACAUUUGAAAGCCGUGAAAUAAGUAUCAUAAUGAAGUAAUUGAUCAAUUACAUUUAAUUUUCUCCAAAAACAAAAUAUCUACGAAUUUGUCUCGAAAAUAUCGAAAGGCAAUAUUUUAAAUUUGUUUUUAUAGAUCUUUUAAAAGAAUUAUCUAAUAGAUAUUCUCUAAAAUUUUCAACUUUUGGAAUCUCGAAAUUUUAUAGUACUUAGGUAUAGUGAGAUUUUUUGCUUUUUUAAUUUGAAACUAAGCAAAAAUCGUGCCUAUAUUUUCGAAUAAAGUGUCUUAACCACGACUAAUUAUACACCUAGUCAUCCAUUUUUCAUAAUAAUACUUUUUUAAAACGUCAAUUGCCAAAUAUUAAACAAUUUUCCACACCAUUUGUUAUUGGUGUACGUAGUUCAAAUGGCUAUGAUUUUAAACAACCAAUUUAUUAUAAAAUAAGAUAUAGGUAAAUACAAAAUCUACACCACAAAUUUAUAAAUUAGUGGUACGGAUUUUGUCUUUGUCUAUACAUCAUUCGAAAAUGACCACAUUUCAGGAGUUGAUAAAAAGUAUCAGGUGGUUUAUUUAAAAUAUUCAUAUUAAAUUAUUAACUACUGCUUCUUGGUUAUUUUUAUGUGUUUUUAUAUAAUUAUUAAUGUUUCUCGUAGAUGGUUUAUUUAUACAAAUAUUGAGAACUUUUAAUAAACUUAUCAAUGUUGUAUAAUUCUUCUUUAUGGGUUUCCCGGAAAGCUCAACAACACACAAUAUUGUGCUAUAAUUUAAACGAGGAACUUUAUACCUUAAACUCAUAUCAUCUACUUUUUAAAUUUCAUCAUCAAAAUUAAAUAAAGCAUUAUUUUAAGGAAAGUACCGUGUAUAUUAGGGUGUCCCUUAUAUGGAUGAAUUUUUUUUAUCGGAAAUCGAAUUGCAUAUAGAUCAGGGUCGAUAAUUUUUGAAACAAAAAAAAAAUAAUAGGAUGAAACCCGUUAAAAAAGGAAGAGAAUAUGACAAAAAUGAAAGGAAAAAUAAUUUACGGGCGAUCUGAGGUCGGGAAGUGGAAGGGGGUGAGUUUUUAAGGGUAAAAAACGGUGUAUCUCGAUUUCCGGCAAAACUACAAGUCCUAUGGAAAAAAAUUAAAUGACAAAGUUGUAGGUAAUAAAGAGACCUACAACUUUUGUGAUUACACUUUUUUCACAUAACCAUAAGUUUUCGGUUUUUUAUUUUUCUAACGCAAAAAAAAUUUUUUUUUUCUCGAAAUUUGGUGAAAACUUACCUUCUUAUGUCCUAAAGACACUGUAAUUUUUUUGAUUUGAAAUAUCUAUUUUUUCACCUUAUUUUGACUUAAUAUCGAAAAAAACACCCUAAUUUUCAAUCGAAAAUUCUCGCGUUUUUUGUUCGUUGAAAUCUCUUCUUUCUGAUAAUGUAAAAAAUAUAUACAUAACUAUGGUAAAUGUUCUCAGAAAAUGCAAAGAAAAGAAAAAAGUCGAAUCCGAAAUUUUUUUUUAAUCACUAUGUACAAUUUUGAGCUAUUUAGUAAAAUUGACACUUUAAUUACUUGAAAAACGUAAGAUUCUAUGUUACAUUGGCCGCAUUCAGCAGAAGCAACCGAUUAUCAAACGAUAACUUAGCGAUGACUUAUCGAUUAGUGAAUCUCCUGAAUGAACUUUUUAGGCACUUCGACAGGCGACAUAAAAGUGACAUGUACUUCAGAAAAAAGUCAUAAUCUAAAACAUAGGUACAAAAUUUAGAAUAAAACAAAUAAAUUACUCAACUACAUAAUUAUAAAUUAAUGUAUUUGCCUGAUUUUAAUGCAUUGUGCAACACUUCAUUACCAACUACAAUAUAUUUCAUAUUGUUAUAAACAUAUAUCACUUCAAAGUCCUCCAUUUCAGUGAAAAAUUACACAUCCAGUGCAAAAAUGAAUUCAAAAUAAACAUUAAAUAAGGUUAUGAGUUAUGAGCACCACCACAAAAUAUUCACUAGAGUUGGUAUGAGUUCUAAAUCUAAUCACGAUGUGAUAACUAAUCGUAUUUCAAAUUCGAUGUUUUAAAUGGCGGCCGAUAAUUCAUCAUUUGAUUACUAAUCGCUCUUUUAUAUAUCAUUCAGCAGAAAAUCAUAAAUCGAUUGCUUCUGCUGAAUGCGGCCAUUGAUAAACAAAAAAAUUACAAAUCCAUAAAUCAUAAAAAUUGCAAGAAACAUGCGAAAAUAGUUGUUCUAAAUAUUAAAGAUAGGAUUUAAAGGGGAGAUUUCAAUUAAAAAAUGUGAUUGCUGCAAUUUUUUUAGUCAAAAAGUUGAUUUAUUAAAUUCUAAUUACAUUUAUGUCAUAGAAAAUUUCAUAAUAUAUGUAUAGAAAUGUAAAUCGUACUAUUGAAUUUAGAUACUUUAUACUGAUUAUUAUUAUUCAUAAUAAUAUUUUAAAAUGCAUUAAUCUUCUUAUUUAUAAAUCUUAUCUUGAACCCUAAUCACUUAUCCAUUACUUUUUGUCUCUUCGGUGGCAUUUCUUCAUCGUUAGAUUCGACAAACCUUCAUGAUUCUAGUUGAUCUUCGAAAUCUUCAAGACCAUCACUGUCUUCGUAUCCAAUAUUAUUUUUAGUCUGAAUUGGUCCUUCAUCCACAAUUUCAUUUGAAUCACUAACUUCCUCGUAGGUUUUUUCUUCCACAUUGGUGCAUUUUUCAGAAGCAUUACAAUUUGAGCAUAAAUUUGUGCAUUUUAAGCAAUGUUUUCGGCAGCCACAUUUUAAACUGUUACAUCCAGUUUCACAGCUGCAGCAAAUAGUUUUGAGCAAUAUUUCCGGAAUUAACUCCUUCUCAAUUAAAAUUUCUCACCAAGUAGAAAUGCCGUAUAUGUUUCCGAAAUAUUAAAAAUCCAACAUAAUUAGCCGCAUCUGAAUACUUUUACCGACUAAGGAAAUAACUUUAAACCUCAUUUUCACCGCUUGACGCUCUCAGUAGAUACGGCAUCUGUUUUUAGGACGGCAGUAUAAUACCCGCCGCUACUUCAGCGCAACUUGUAUGAACAUGAUUCUAUGCAAGUCGGCACGGAUUAUCGUACUCCAAAUUAAGUAAAAAUUUAUUUCCGAGUGUUUAAGAGCAAAUGAACAAAAGUAAGACCUAUGCGUUAGAAUGUGAAAUAAAAAAAUAAGGGACACCCUACUGUAUAUGUUUGUCACCACAUAGUAAGUACGAUUCAUUUACUUUCCAAAAUAUAUAUAAUUUUCCGAUCACUAUUUAUUUUACUUAUUUUAUAUAGGAUCUCUAUUACAGUACUCUAUCUUACUUAAUAGUUAGAUCUUUAUAAUUUACAGCUUUUUAAAUUCAGUUUUCUACUUCUUUAUGUGCCAAUCGGUUCUCUUUUUACUUCGAACCCAUUUAAUUGUUAAUCUGUUAUCUUUCAUCCACUUGUGAUUUUUGAUAUAUUUUUAAUCUUUAUCUAUCAUAUCUAUAAUCGUAUUUAUUUCUAAUCCAUAAGUGAGCUUCUUCCAUAAAAUUGAAUAUACUUUUGUUAUCCUUACUUUGUUUUUAAUAUCUUUUUCUUCUUAUCAUCAAAGAAAACACCAAAUUAUCUAUGUAUAACGUUGUCAUCUUAUAGUUCCACCUGGUGUCACGAUGUUUUGGUAAUUCUGUCUCACUGCCAUUCAUUUUUCUCUGUGUAUGUUAUCUCCAAACGUAUAUACUCUUCCACAAGUUGUUUCACCUGGUGAAAUUCACAUUCUGUUCUGUAGACAGCACGACCUCAGAAUAGAGAACAAUACAGAACAGAAAUAUAGGGCUAGUUCCACCAUAGAGAUACUCUGAGAAAAAGUAACUAUUCACAGUACACCACAGAGCUAGUUAUACUGUGAAUAGUUACGUUUUCUCAGAUUAUCCCUGUGGUGGAACUAGCCCUGUUUCUUUUCUGUAUUGUUCUCUAUUCUGUAACACGACCUUGUGUAUUGCAGUAUUUUCUUGUCCAUGGUCCAAGAUUUUUGUUAAGAUAAAGUGAUAUGAGACGUUCAAUUAUAUUUGGACAUGAAAGAAUUAAAGAAAGAAAUUGGUUUAACCACGCCCUUUUGCUGGCAAUAAUGGGUUAUUACAUGUAUAUUGGGAUCUGCCCGACGGUGAUGUAUAUUCUGUUUCUCUCUAUUCAAUAGGAAUGUGUUUCUAUACCGUUCUUCUGGAAUUUCAUCGUUCAGCGUGCAUGGAUGAGGCUUAGUAGGUACAAGAACUAUCUGUAAUACAAUAUUCAAAUCAGUGUUAUCUCAAAAGUCAUUAGACUAAUUUACAAUAGUCUAUUUAAUAUUUUAAUUUUUUCUUUAUAGAACUUUUAUCAAUAUGUAGAACAAGUAAAACUUGACAUCUCUAAGGAUGUUUUUUCUACGAAACAUCCGGUAUAUCAUUACUUACACUUGAGUAAAGUUCACAUUAUAAUAAUAACAAAUGUGCCUAUUGUCUACUGUGCCUAAACAGCGAAAAUUGGUUAUGAAAAAUGUGAUGACGAAUAUUUUUAUACAUUAUUUUUUUACACUUGUUAAUGUUACAUAUAUACAUACAAUAUUUAUGUCUAACUUUAUACAUUUUUAUUAGCGUAAUCUCUAAUAAACAUUUAAUUGAAGUUCAAAAUGCAAUAAUGACGUAGUAAAAUUUUUUGAAACGUGGAAAUUUUUAACGUUUAAUCAGAUGUUUAUUAGAUUAACUUAGUACUUAAGUAAUUAAAGUCAUAUAGUUAGGGAUUUUCUAUUACUAAAUUAUUAUUGUAUUGUAAUAUAAUUGUAAAAUUUGAUUUGCACAGAGAGCUUAACUGCCAAAUUUCGAAUAUAUAUGUUAAUAAGAAACUUAUAGAUAAUAUUUUAUGUUAGUACCUAUAACAUUAUUUGAAACUUAUUUUAUUAAUGAUGAC